GCUGUAAUUCCUCAUUGCUAACGGAGGCUCCCUUUUAGCCUAGCCAGCUAACUCCAGAGAAAAAAAAAUACAGAAAAAACAGCAAUGAACUUGCUUUAAAUUCACGUAUGAUAUUAAAUUGUUAAAUAAUACAGUCGUAAACCGUGAACGAUUAUAGAUCGAUUACAUUUUCUGAGUCAAAGCGUUUCCGUUAGAUUCAUACUGUACAUAAUAAUGCUAGAGUGGGACUCUAGAUGUUUAAUUAAUGGCAGCUGACGGGGAGAUUUGCUCAUUUUUGUUCAUGAUUAAUGUUUUAAUUGUCACCCGACUAAUUCAGAUUAUGACUCGACUGUGAAAACGAAAGUUUCUCCUUUGUAGAGCGAUAUCGAUUUGAGUUGACACCUGUUAGCUAGCGCGGCUAGCUAGCGCUCUCCUCGUACUGAUUCUACUGGAAAUGGUAGACGCCCUCAUGUGCCCAUGGAGAAGGUGGCUUUUGAGGGGUGGCUGGAGUCAGUUUCCACCUCCUUCCUGGUGCUAAGUGACCAGCAGCGCAACCAAACCCUGGACCACCUCAUCUCACUGAGCGGUGCCGCCCAGCUGCGACACCUGUCCAAUGGCCUGGAAGCACUGCUCAAGCGGGAUUUUCUGCGCCUGCUGCCGUUAGAGUUGGCCUUCUACCUGCUGCGCUGGCUGGACCCCCAGACCCUGCUCACCUGCUGUCUAGUGUGCAAGCAGUGGAAUAAGGUGAUCAAUGGCUGUACUGAAGUGUGGCAGAGUGUGUGUCGAGACCUUGGCUGGCGCAUCGAUGAGUCCAUUCAGGACGCUAGACACUGGAAGGUAAUAUAUCUGAAGGCCAAACUGCGCAUGAAGCAGCUGAGGGAGGAGGAUGCGUUUGAAACCAGCUCUCUCAUUGGACACAGUGCUCGAGUAUAUGCUCUUUACUACCGGGAUGGGCUCCUCUGCACAGGUUCUGAUGACCUGUCAGCCAAACUAUGGGAUGUCCGCACAGGCCAGUGUGUCUAUGGCAUCCAGACCCACACCUGUGCCACUGUCAAAUUUGAUGAGCAGAAACUGGUGACUGGGUCUUUUGAUAACACCAUUGCAUGUUGGGAAUGGAGCACUGGUGCCAAAAUCCAGCAGUUUCGAGGACAUACUGGGGCAGUGUUCAGCAUAGACUACAAUGAUGAGUUGGACACCCUGGUCAGCGGCUCUGCAGACUUCACUGUCAAAGUAUGGUCCCUUUCUGCAGGAACGUGUGUCAACACUCUUACUGGACACACAGAGUGGGUCACUAAGGUGCACCUUCAGAAAAGCCAAGUGGAGUCCAUGAUGCACAGUCCUGGUGACUACAUACUACUGAGUGUUGAUAAAUAUGAAAUAAAGGUGUGGCCUAUAGGCCGUGAGAUUAACUGCAAGUGCUUAAAAACUCUAUCCGUGUCAGAAGACCGCAGUGUUUGCUUGCAGCCACGAUUACAGUUUGAUGGCCGGUACAUUGUGUGUUGUUCGGACCUUGGCAUAUACCAGUGGGACUUCGCAAGCUUUGAUGUCAUCAGAGUCAUCAAGCCACAGCAGGACCCCUCCAGCCUCUCUCUGCUUAGUUUUGGUGAGGUUUUCGCUCUUCUCUUUGACAACCACCAUCUCUAUGUUCUGGACUUGAGGACUGAGGUUACUGUGGGCCGCUGGCCACUGCCAGCCUACCGUAAAUCGAAACGUGGCUCUAGUUUCUUAGCAGGCGUCACUUCCUGGCUCAAUGGACUGGAUGGCAAGAAUGAUGCAGGCCUAGUGUUUGCCACCAGUAUGCCUGACCAUAGCAUUCAUCUGGUUCUCUGGAGAGAGAAUGGCUAGGACAUGGAGGAGGCAAAUACUAGCCCUGUGCUUUGAAAGCAGGCAGAACUUUACAGCAAAAAGAAGAAAAAAGGGUGCUUUUCAUUAAACUAAACAGCCAACAUUGUUAGAUAAUGCAUGGACCAAAGUGUUUCCCCCUCCUCAACUUUGUUUCCAUUCGCAUUAUGGAUUCACUCUUGCUUCACUUUCUUUCCUAGUUACUUGCAAACCAUGCAUUCAACACUCAUAGAAAAGGAGACCACUGGAGAUUGGCAGUAGCUUUUCUCCAUCAUGUGAAUCCAAUUCAAGGGUUUUGUUUGUUAAAGACUUGAGAGAUUUCUCGCUGAACUUGAGUUGAGUCGCUUUUGCUUUCACACCAGUGAAAGUUGUUAAAAUGCUACUGCACCACCAGAGCGCAGAUCGCUCCACAGCAGGCACGAGCAGGGGAGGUGGCAUGUUUUAUAGCACAAUCACCAGGAUUGACAAUGAAGUACGUUGUUUGUUUUUUAAAUGUUUAAAGUGUUACCUUUUCAGCAACUUUAGUUCUUUUGGACAAAGAGAAAUGUUGCCUUAAAUCUAUGAUUUCCUUUCGAAGAAACUGAAUUUGCAGACCUGUGUGGCUAUAGGCGCUGGAUUGCAGCCCAAACAUCUGUGUUGGUCAUUUUGCUGGGUCUUAAAAAGGCUCUGAUGAAAUGCUGUCUGAAUGAGUCAAAUGGGCUUUUGUAUGUAGGUCCUCGCCGUUACUGACCCUUGGUUUUUAAUUUUCAUUCAGUUUAUUAGUCAUGUGCCUUUGUUUUAACACUUAACCGUUUGCAUAUACAGCGUGUCACAUUUUGAAGUUCAGUCCUCCCUCAAUGAGAAAAGUCUGUUUUAUGCUUAUUUUUUUAACCUAAUGUAAUCAACACUGUAAGAGUUAGUCUUACCACUAUUUAGCCAGACUAGAUCACACAAAAGUGUUUCUUGUGAAAGUCGUUGAAUGUUCAUUUUUAAUCUUUAUUUUUAAAGACUGAUCUUAUUUUUGCAUAAUCCAGGGCUAGCCAGCCUUUUGUCACUUUAUAUAGCUGCUUCUGUAGUUCUGUAUAUCCCACUGGAAGAUUAGAACAAUUUAACUUUAAUUUUCCUUCCCCAAACCAUCAAAACAGAUAGUUUAAUGCAUUUUCACUGUAUUGCUCACUUACUUCAGAGUUUAGAUGCUGGGUAAAAGUAUGAUUACCAUUGGGGGGUUACGACGUCUGUAUGCACUGGUUGUGUUACUUCACUGAAAUGCAAACCUCACAGACAGUAAUGCCAUCCGUCCAUCGCUAGCAGAAUUCAGGUCUGUUGUUUGUAUAACAAAACAUGCUGUCUCACAAAUAAACGACAGUAGCUAACUAUAAAA